CCCUUUUUAACUUUCUUUCAAGCUAAAGACCUGCACAAACUCUCUCUCGAAUUCUUUUGUUUCGAAGCCAUGGAAACUGAAUCUGAUGACGCCACCAUUACCGUCGUCAAAGACAUGAGAGUUCGAUUAGAGAAUCGAAUUCGAACCCAACACGACGCUCACUUAGAUCUCCUUUCCUCACUCCAAUCCAUUGUUCCCGAUAUAGUCCCAUCUCUCGAUCUCUCACUCAAACUCAUCUCUUCUUUCACGAAUCGACCUUUCGUAGCUACACCACCAUUACCAGAACCCAAAGUUGAGAAGAAGCAUCAUCCGAUUGUUAAAUUAGGAACCCAACUGCAACAAUUACAUGGGCAUGAUUCAAAAUCGAUGCUUGUUGAUUCGAAUCAGAGAGAUGCUGAAGCUGAUGGGUCUAGUGGGAGUCCUAUGGCGCUUGUUAGAGCUAUGGUUGCUGAGUGUUUGCUUCAACGUGUACCGUUUUCUCCUACGGAUUCUUCUACUGUGCUUAGGAAGCUUGAGAAUGACCAGAAUGCUAGACCGGCGGAGAAGGCGGCGUUACGAGAUUUAGGCGGUGAAUGUGGACCGAUUCUUGCGGUGGAGACCGCACUUAAAUCGAUGGCGGAAGAGAAUGGUUCUGUGGAAUUGGAAGAGUUUGAGGUUAGUGGGAAGCCUAGGAUCAUGGUUUUAGCUAUAGAUAGAACUAGAUUGCUUAAAGAGUUACCAGAGAGUUUCCAAGGGAAUAACGAAUCGAAUCGGGUUGUCGAAACGCCUAAUUCAAUUGAGAAUGCUACUGUUUCUGGUGGCGGGUUUGGUGUUUCCGGGUCGGGUAAUUUCCCGAGACCUGAGAUGUGGGGAGGUGAUCCUAAUAUGGGGUUUAGGCCAAUGAUGAAUGCACCAAGAGGAAUGCAAAUGAUGGGAAUGCAUCAUCCAAUGGGGAUAAUGGGUAGACCACCACCAUUUCCUUUGCCUUUGCCGUUGCCUGUACCGUCGAAUCAGAAGCUUAGAAGUGAGGAAGAGGAUUUGAAAGAUGUUGAGGCUCUUUUGAGUAAGAAGUCUUUUAAGGAGAAGCAACAGUCUAGGACAGGUGAGGAGUUGCUUGAUCUGAUUCACCGUCCAACCGCUAAAGAAGCCGCUACUGCUGCUAAGUUUAAAAGCAAAGGAGGAUCACAGGUUAAGUAUUACUGUAGGUAUUUAACUAAAGAGGAUUGCCGUCUUCAGUCUGGUUCUCACAUAGCCUGCAACAAGAGACAUUUCCGUCGACUAAUCGCUUCACAUACUGACGUUAGCCUAGGAGAUUGUUCCUUUCUCGAUACUUGUCGUCACAUGAAGACUUGCAAAUACGUGCAUUACGAGCUCGACAUGGCUGACGCUAUGAUGGCUGGUCCAGAUAAGGCAUUGAAGCCUCUACGUGCUGAUUACUGUUCUGAAGCUGAACUUGGUGAGGCACAAUGGAUUAACUGUGACAUCCGUUCUUUUCGAAUGGACAUUUUGGGAACCUUUGGAGUUGUUAUGGCGGAUCCACCAUGGGACAUUCACAUGGAACUUCCAUAUGGAACAAUGGCUGAUGACGAAAUGCGAACUCUUAAUGUUCCCUCGUUACAGACUGACGGUUUGAUUUUCCUCUGGGUCACUGGUCGUGCUAUGGAACUAGGCCGUGAAUGUUUGGAGCUUUGGGGAUACAAGCGAGUGGAAGAGAUCAUAUGGGUAAAGACAAAUCAACUUCAACGUAUUAUUCGAACAGGAAGAACAGGUCACUGGCUCAACCAUAGCAAAGAGCAUUGUCUGGUUGGAAUCAAAGGAAAUCCAGAAGUGAACAGAAACAUCGACACAGAUGUGAUUGUCGCAGAGGUUAGAGAAACAAGCCGGAAGCCAGACGAGAUGUAUGCAAUGUUAGAGAGGAUCAUGCCAAGAGCAAGAAAGCUCGAGUUAUUCGCCCGUAUGCACAAUGCUCAUGCCGGAUGGCUAUCACUUGGGAACCAGCUUAACGGUGUCCGAUUAAUAAACGAAGGUCUUCGAGCUCGGUUUAAAGCAUCAUACCCUGAAAUAGAUGUCCAGCCACCAUCACCACCAAGAGCCUCUGCAAUGGAAACAGACAACGAACCAAUGGCUAUUGACUCAAUCACAGCUUAGUUCAAUUCCAAAAAAAACAAAGCCAAAUGUCUCAGCUUUGUUGGAUUCAUGUUGCUUUCGUUUUUGAAACAUUUGUGGCAUCAUGAUUUUGUAAAUCUUUAUGGAAAGUUAAAAGGAAACAACAUUAACG